AUGGUUAUUACAUAUUUCAAAAUUAAUGUUUAGUAUGUGAUUCAACUUGCUAGAUUUGUAAUGGAGGCUCUAAAUAAAAUUGCAUAGCUUGUAAGGAGCUACUAUAUCUGUAUCAAGACUAAACAUGUCGAAGUUAUUGUGAUACAUAAAAUGGAUAUUAUUUAAAAGAAAACUAAUGUCUAAGAUGUGAUUUUAGUUGUUUAACUUGCAAUGGAAGCUCUAAUUAUAAUUGUUUAUCUUGUUAGUAACCUCUCUAUUUUUAAUCAGAUAAUACUUGUAGAAUAUGUGAUACAUAAAAUGGGUAUUAUUUAAAAGAAAACUAAUGUCUAAGAUGUGAUUUUAGUUGUUUAACUUGCAAUGGAAGCUCUAAUUAUAAUUGUUUAUCUUGUUAGUAACCUCUCUAUUUUUAAUCAGAUAACUCAAGGAAAAUGCUUAUAAUGUAAUCUUAGUUGUUUGACAUGCAACGGUGAUUCUUCUUAAGAUUGCUUAUCAUGCUAAAGUGGCAAAUUUCUUGAUAAAAAUCAAAUUUAUAAUAGUGAGGCUGGUUCUUGCUAGUCUUGCGAUUAAUCAUGUCUUAAAUGCUAAGGUCCUUCAAAUAAAGAUUGUAUAACUUGCACAAAAAAUUAUAUUUUAUUACCAACUCUUGGAAAGUGUGCUUUGUGUGAAGAAGGAUAUUUCUUCAAUCAAAACAGUUGUGAUUAUUGCGAUUAAACAUGCUUGACAUGUACUGGAAAGGACAAAUAAGACUGUAUAGAUUGUAGACCAGGCUUGAUUUUAAGCAGUAUAUCAAAAACUUGCGAGGAAAGUAGCUAAGUAUAGAAUGAGUAAAAUUAACUUAAAUUAAGCCAAGAAACAGGUUGCUAUGACAAAAAAUAGCAGUAAAUUGUAAGUACUUGCUUAGAUUAAAUUGAAAACAGUUAAUCAAAUACUAAAAUUCUUGACACCUUAUUUAUCGUAAAUCUAUCUCUUAUUGCAGCUUCAUCCAUUUUCACACCUUUAGGAUCAAGUCUAGGUUGGAUUUUUAUUCAAAAUUAAUAGCUUUUGGCUUAUAGAAUUGCAAUAUAUGUUUGGAACUACUUUAAAAUCCUUAGAAAAACAAAUAGUAUUAAUAAAAAUUAAACAACUACAGGUAAUGUAAAUAUGGUUGAGUAAAUGACUGAUUCUAACAUAGAAAAACUAUUUGAAAUGCUAAAUUAAUCAAAAAAUAAGAAUAAAUUUUAAUGGAAAAACUAAAAUUGA